UGUCAAAGCCUUGAUGCAAAUCUUGCAUCGGUGCACAGUAAAGCGGAAAAUGAUUUUCUGCUCAGCCUGCUGUCUGUUUCUGGACGUGCUUAUAUUGGUGGUCAUGAUGGUGAACAAGAUGGACAAUGGUUGUGGAUUGAUGGGACCACCUUCGACUACACCAACUGGUGCUCUGCAGAACCUAACAACAUGGGAGGUCCCGAGAACUGCUUGGAGAUAAACUGGACCGUUAACCGCUGUUGGAAUGAUCUACCCUGUUCAUACCCAAUGGGCUUCAUUUGUGCUAAAGGCCUUGAUUGA